CCGAUCGCCCGGAAAUUGCACCAUCAAAGCCAUUCCUCCCAAUCUCAAUACCUCCCAUCAGUACUGCUAACUCUCAAGACCAGAAGUUCAUCCCAUCAUCAUCUACUCACUCCCUCCUUUGGUCCAUUCACCUUUCAUCAUCGCCAUAAUCGUCAUCACCGAAGGAAAAGGAAGCAAGUCGUAGCUACUGACUUGAUACCUUCCAUUCUCUCUGGACCAGUAGGUCUUCUACGGCGUAGCUUCGGCGGCGAAAGAGCGGGGUGAUCAAUCGACGAUCCAAACAAGGAACUGAGGUCCUAAGGCUUCCUACCUAGGCCUAGACUCGUAUUGAAGGGUCAAGAGGAAUCAACUAAGUCAAGGGCCCCAACCUUCACGUUAUAACUUCUUGAAUUAAUAAGGAGCUGCAGGAAACCAGGAGCACCCAGAUCAAUCGCAGGAACAUAGCUGCUGCCCCAGAUGUCAUCACAAGGGUUAGUGGCCCGAAGAGCUUCCAGCGGAACUUGUUUAAGUUUAUGCAUUGUUGGUGGACUUGAGACUUAAUGAGGAUUAUGUUUGAAUACUAUUUUAAGAUGGAUUUUUCCUUGUAUUUUGGAAUAAUGUUUAU